GAGUACUGCUCCCAUAAACCCACAAAUUAGAGUCUAAUCAGUACUUCAGUUUCUCUUCAUCUGUCACUUUCAAUAACGGUUUUUGCUUCCGCCAUUGCAACAACCAUCCAUUUCUUCUCUCUUCUCUUUCACUCUUCCAUUGCCUUCAUCCCAUUCCUCUAUACAUCAAAAUCAGAGAGACAUGGAUCAAAUUGGCGGGGGAAAAGAGAAUCGCGAAAACGAAGAGGUUUCGAAAUCCAAUUCAAAUUCAAGUCCAAAUUCAAAGGAUUUCGAGGAGAAGAAAGACGAAGUAGAAGUAACAGUGAAUGAUCCCGAACAAGAACAACACGAAGAAGAAGAAAAGAAUCCAAUGGAGGUGGAAGUAGAAGAAGAACAAGAGCAAUACUCAUUCUCGAAAGCUCCCGCCACCGUUUUUCAAAUUAGCCUUGAACAGCCAGACGUCUAUUUACUUCACAAGAUGGAUUUUCCUAAAAUUUGUCGCUAUUUCAGUGCCGUUGCUUGGUGUGGAAAAAUGAAUGCUAUAGCGUGUGCUUCUGAAGCUUGUAUCAGUGAUCCAAGCUCAAUUCUAAGUCCAUCAUUUUGGAUUCCUGUACAUAUUGUGAUCCCAGAGAGGCCAACUGAAUGUGCGGUAUUCAAUGUCAUAGCAGAUUCUCCUCGUGAUUCCAUCCAGUUUAUUGAAUGGUCCCCUGCCUGUUGUUCCCGUGCAUUAUUGAUAGCAAAUUUCCAUGGGAGGGUAACUAUUUGGACUCAGCCAUCUCAAGGGCCAGCUAAUUUUGUACUGGACACUAGCUGUUGGCAGUGUGAGCAUGAGUGGCGGCAAGAUAUUUCAGUUGCUACAAAGUGGCUAUCAGCGGUGUCUCCGUAUAGGUGGAUUUCAUCCAAAUCAGGUGUUCCUGCCAAUUCAAAGUCAAUGUUUGAGGAAAACUUUAUUUCACAACAAUCUCAAACUUCAGCUAGAUGGCCCAAUUUUUUCUGUGUAUGUUCUGUACUCUCAUCAGGCUCAGUUCAACUUCAUUGGUCACAAUGGCCUCCUAGUCAGAAUGCAACAUCACCCAAAUGGUUUUUCACUAAAGGACAAUUGGGUUGUGGGCCCAGAGGCAUUGUGGCUGGUGAUGCUAUCAUUACAGAAAGUGGUAUUUUGCAUGUAGCCGCUGUACCAUUUGUCAAUCCAUCUACCAUUGUUGUAUGGGAGAUUAUGCCUUGGUCUUCUGGAAGAGGUUUACUAUUAACUCCAAAGACAAGUAUUAAUAAUGGUGUCCCACCUCGUAGCCCACCCAACUGGAGUGGUUUUGCACCUUUAGCAGCAUAUUUAUUUUGUUGGCAAGAUUAUCUGUUAUCUGAAGAAAACCAAGGGAAAAACCAAACAGACCAAAAGCUUGGUGAAUCUAUACGACUUUACUGCUCACCAGUUUCAAAUUUUUCAGCAUAUAUGAGUCCUGAAGCCACAGCUAAAUCUACAGCAACCCCUGCCUGGGGUUCUGGUGUAUCAACGGUAGCCUUUGAUCCGAUUCAUGGUGGUUCUGUGGUAGCUGUUGUGAUAGUUGAGGGGCAGUACAUGUCCCCUUUUGACCUAGAUGAGGGGCCAUCAAUCACAGGGUGGAGAGUGCAACGCUGGGAAUCAUCGUUGCAGCCUGUUGUCAUCCAUCCAGUAUUUGAAAAGUCUACUUCAAGUAUUGGUGGAAAGCUUCCUAUGCAAGCUGUUUGGCAGUGCAAAGUGGAUAUGAGUAUUCCACCAACAAAUGAUUUCGAGAAUCGUCAAACACCUCCAGUCGGAAUGAAUGCUAAUGUCCAAAAGGCAUCUGAGUCUGGUUUUGAUAACUCAAAAGGGGACAAUGUCAAUGCUUUUGAUCUUCCAAGUGAUAUUAGGGCACUCUCACGAGUUGUUUACUCAGCUCAUGGUGGUGAAAUGGCCAUUGCUUUUCUUCGGGGCGGAGUCCGCGUUUUUUCUAGCUUAAAUUUUACACCUGUAGCCAGCUAUCAGAUUGAUGUUGGAGCUGCAAUUGCUGCUCCUGCUUUUUCUGCAACAAGCUGUUGUUCAGCUUCUGUAUGGCAUGACACAAGCAAGGGUCAGACCAUAUUGAAAAUAAUUCGGGUUCUUCCUCCUGCUAUUCCAAUUGGUCAAGUGAAAGCAAACUCUUCAACUUGGGAACGUGAAAUUGCUGAAAGGUUCUGGUGGAGCCUUUUGGUUGGAAUUGAUUGGUGGGAUGCUGUGGGUUGUACACAAAGUGCUGCUGAGGAUGGUAUUGUUUCACUUAAUAGUGUUAUUGCAGUCUUAGAUGCAGAUUUCCAUUCCCUUCCUACUGCUCAGCACAGACAACAGUAUUGUCAUAGUCUAGACCGAAUAAAGUGUAGGCUACUUGAAGGAUCAAAUGCUCAAGAGGUCAGGGCAGUGAUUCUGGAUAUGCAAGCUAGGUUAUUGUUGGAUAUGCUCGGAAAGGGAAUCGAGUCUGCUUUAAAUGACCCUUCAGCUUUAGUGCCUGAUCCAUGGCAGGUAUCUGGUGAGACAUUAUCCAGCAUUGAUCCUGAAGCAGUAGCUGUUGAACCUGCAUUAAAUCCAUGUAUUCAGGCCUAUGUUGAUUCAGUUCUUGAUCUGGCUUCACAUUUUAUCACGCGGUUGCGGCGGUAUGCAAGUUUCUGUCGUACACUGGCAAGUCAUGGUGUGACUGCGGGGACUGGAAGCAACCGAAAUAAGGUCACUGGUCCUGCCCAAAAUUCAACAGCUCCUGCAACAAGUCAGGGCAAAAAAUGUCGUCCAGGGGGUGAAAAUGGGACAACCAGUUCUAGUGGAAGCACACAGAUGAAAGCUUUGGUGCAAGGGGCAAUUGCCAAGGAUAGCAACACUUCUGAUGGAGUGUCCAAUCCGACUCCUAAUCCCCCCAUCUGCGGUCCUUCAUCUUUUAUGCCCACAAGCAUUAAUAGAGGAACUUUUCCUGGCUCACCUGCAGUUCGACUUAUGGGGGACUGUCAUUUCCUUCAUAGAUUAUGCCAACUUUUGCUCUUCUGCUUUUUCUUUCGACGAUCACAACUUCCUCGCUAUAUGAGUGGUGUGCAGAGAACUGCCGAUAACAAUACACAAAAGCCUCAACCUAAUGCUUCUGUUCCUGGCAAGGUGGAGGAGGUUGCAAAACCAGUGUCAAGUGUGGUUAGGUCAGAUGACAAUCAGACAGGACGAGCUCAGCUUGUGCCUAGGUCAAGAGGAGGUGAAGAACAGUCUCUAGGGCGUUCAAGAUUUGGUACUGGAAAUGCAGGUCAGGGGUAUACUUUUGAAGAGGUCAAGGUUCUUUUUCUAGUAGUUAUGGACCUCUGUCGCCGAACUUCUGGUCUGCAACACCCCUUGCCAGUUUCUCAGGUGGGGAGCAGCAACAUUCAGGUUCGUUUGCAUUAUAUUGAUGGGAACUACACUGUAAUGCCAGAGGUUGUGGAAGCAUCCCUUGGCCCACAUAUGCAGAAUAUGCCUCGCCCUAGAGGUGCAGAUGCCGCUGGUCUUCUACUACGCGAGCUAGAUCUCCAUCCUCCAGCAGAAGAGUGGCACCGACAGAAUUCAUAUGUUGGACCUUGGACUGAUCUAGAUGAUGAGGAUGAUGCAAGUGAUGCACCAACACUUUUAAAUCCACUUGAUUCCAGUUCAUUGGAAAAUAGUGAUAUCUAUCAUGAAGCCAGUGGCUUGUGGCCAAGGAAGCGCAGGAUGUCUGAACGAGAUGCAGCUUUUGGGUUGAACACUUCAGAGAGUCUGGGAGCUUAUCUUGGUAUUAUGGGAUCUCGAAGAGAUGUUGUUACUGCAGUAUGGAAGACUGGCCUUGAAGGGGUCUGGUACAAGUGCAUAAGAUGUUUACGGCAGACUUCUGCUUUUGCUUCCUCAGGUUCCACCAACCUUCCUAGUCAAAAUAACCGGGAGAGUUGGUGGGUGAGCCGCUGGGCGUACGGCUGUCCAAUGUGUGGUGGAAGAUGGACUCGAGUUGCAUAGCGGGCUUCAUUGCAAAAUUGUCACCUGUGAGUUUCUUCUUGGUGGAGGAAAUAUACACAUGAUCGUGGUUAACUGAAGAAACUAAAUAUAGAUGAAAUGCUGAUUGGAAUUGUACAGGUAGAGAUGUAGAUGUGAGUUUCUUCUUGGUUGAGGGAAGAAACACAUGAUUGUGGUUAAGUAAAGAAACUGAAUGAAAAUGAAAUGCUGACUGGAAUUGUACAGGGAAGAAGAGGUGUAGGUUUACCUGACAGUGACAGGUGUGUUGUGUUUUAUGCAGUCAUUGUUGUUGAUCGAAUAAAACUGGAAAAAACUAGCUCUAGUUGUCAUCAAGACAUUUCAUUGACAUUAAACUCUUCAUAACACUUUGAUGUUGCAAGUGAGGGUGGUUUACAUCAUAGAACAAAUGAUGAGUGGAAGGAAGAGUUGUGUAUGUCUCUUUAUGUACUGCAGGGUUUAUGAAGAUAAAACAAUUUUUG